CGGGGGGAAUACAGAGGUCUUUAGGACCCAGCAGGCGGCGGCAGGCGGCAGUUGUGUAGAUCGCUGAGACACUACGAGGGUCCGGUUCAGUUUUAAUUCUGUCUCUAAUCUGCAACAGCAGUGCUUCCUGGGUCCCGCGGCUCCCCUGCCUACUCAGCCGCCGCUGGCCACCGGGCGAAAAUCAGAGCCGCCUCCGCCCCAUCACCCACCAUGGAAACCCUCCAAGAAAAAGUGACCCCGGACGCGUGUGCCUGAGGAUUCCGCACAAAAGAGGUGCCCAAAAUGAAGACCCUGGUGCGCCAUGGUCUGGCAGUGUGUUUAGCGCUCACCACCAUGUGCACCAGCUUGUUGCUCGUAUACAGCAGCCUCGGCGGCCAGAAGGAGCGGCCCCCGCAGCAGCAGCAGCAGCAGCAGCAGCAGGCAGCGGCUACUGGCAGCGCGCAGCGGUCGGCGGAGAGCAGCCCCCCGCCGCGCCCCGAAAUCCCCGCGGGACCGCGGCCGCUGGAGGGAUACCUUGGCGUGGCGGACCACAAGCCCCUGAAAAUGCACUGCAGGGACUGUGCCCUGGUGACGAGCUCAGGGCAUCUGCUGCGCAGCCACCAAGGCCCCCAGAUUGACAAGACGGAGUGUGUCAUCCGCAUGAACGAUGCCCCGACGCGGGGCUACGGGCGAGACGUGGGCAACCGCACGAGCCUGAGGGUCAUCGCGCAUUCCAGCAUCCAGCGCAUCCUGCGCAACCGCCACGACCUGCUCAACGUCAGCCAGGGCACCGUGUUCAUCUUCUGGGGCCCCAGCAGCUACAUGCGGCGCGACGGCAAGGGCCAGGUCUACAACAACCUGCAGCUCCUGAGCCAGGUGCUGCCCCGGCUGAAGGCCUUCAUGAUCACGCGCCACAAGAUGCUGCAGUUUGAUGAGCUCUUCAAGCGCGAGACCGGCAAAGACAGGAAGAUCUCCAACACUUGGCUCAGCACUGGCUGGUUCACCAUGACAAUUGCCCUGGAGCUCUGUGACAGGAUCAAUGUGUAUGGCAUGGUGCCCCCAGACUUCUGCAGAUCAGAAGAAGUGCCAGGAGAGGAGAGAAUAUAAUGAGCAAGUGGCCAGUUCCGGUUUCAAGGGGUCCUGAGAAGUCACUGGUGGCCACCGUUUCAUUCCCAGCCAAGGCCAGUCAGUACUGGGUCCUCAGAGGGGCUCAGACACAAGGCAUCAUUUUCCAGCUUGCCUCUGUCACUGGACUCCAGCCUCAUCAGUGUUCAGAAAGCUGGAAAAAAUUCAUGUCAUGUCGCACCAGAGACAGCCUCAAAAUAUAUGAUUAUGUGGAUAUAAACCCUUAAAUCAUGCCAUAUCCAUAGAGGAAGUCAAAUCCAUUCUCUCUAGAUAGACUAUAAAUUGCAAUGAAAAAGAUCUGUUAUCAUUGCUUUCCAAACUAAGUUAUGGUGAGUAUUUUUAAUCUCAUUUUCCAUUGUAAAUUAUUUGCGAUAAUAAUGGGCCAAGCAUUUAAACGCUACCUAAUAAUCUUAUUUCUGGUCCUACUUAAUACAUUACCAAGUUUACAACUCUCUGUUACCCAUCAUUUCUUGAGUAUUAAUUAGCAGAGUAAUGACUCAGAGUGAUCACUGUCAUGGAACUAAAUUAAUAUCUCAUCCAUAAUGUGAAGGACAUCUCAAAGGUAUCAUGAAUAUCAGAGAGUUGAUUCUGCUAGAGUUAUUAGCUAGUGCACAUUAAUAAAGCUGCCAGCAUAACAGGGAAAAGUUCCACUGUGUGGAAUCAGACGCUUACGGAGGACAGGUACAGAGUGGAGUGCAGGCACGUGGUUCACAUUUUAUGAAGUGAACUUACGAUGCACUGUAUUUUUUUCGUAGACCCUUAACUUUGCUGUAAUUUCUCCUUCUUCCUUUGCUAGAAUUCAACCAACUCUUACCAGUCACUGGGUGUUUUCCUCUCUCCCAUGGGUGCAAUCGACCUGUUGAGAGAUGUUAUGCCCCCAGCCCCAGGGAUGCCUGAGUUAUGGGGGGAUUCAGACGACUCAUGGGCUUUUGGACCCAUGAAGGGUGGACAGCUGCUGGCCCUUGGUGUUCCUUGUGCCCCAGAAAUGCAAGUGUUAGUCCCCUGGCUUUCACAGUGUGGGGCAGCUUUCCUUCCAAAAAAAGAGGCUGUAAAGACAAGAAAUGGGGCAUUGCCAUUGUAGCUCAGUGGAAACAAACCCAACUAGUAUCCAUGAGGAUGCAGGUUUGAUCCCUGGCCUCGCUCAGUGGGUUAAGGAUCGGGCAUUGCCGGAAGCUGCGA